UCGAGUUACUGCGAGUCAUGUCGUUGACUUGCGUAAGCUGCCGAGUGCAGUUUUCGUCUUCUGAGUUACAUCGUGCUCACUACAAGACAGACUGGCAUCGCUACAACUUGAAACGCAAAGUUGCCGGGAUGCCACCUGUAAACGCUGAAGAUUUCCAACAGCGUGUGCUCGCUCAGAGAGCUCAACAGACUUCUCCCAGCAGCAAGGGCAACGACCACUUGAAAGCAAACAAGAAGCGAAGCAAGCAGAAUUUGACAGAACACCGAAACGAGCGGAAUAAACUCGGACAGAGUGAGGAAUCGGUUUUAUCCAAAGUCCCGGAUGAUAUGACGUCAUCCGAUUCCGAAAUUGAAUCGGAUCAUGAAGCGAAGCCCCUGGAGUUGACCGAGUGUCUGUUUUGUCCGCAUGAGAGUGUUGAUUUGAACGCGAAGAUGAAACAUAUGGCUCGUUCUCAUAGUUUUUUCAUUCCCGACGUGGCGUAUCUAUCAGACAUGAAGGGUUUAAUGGAGUACUUGGGCGGGAAAGUUGGCGUUGACAACUUAUGCAUUUUCUGCUCGAAACCCGAUGGUGGGCAUCAGUAUUUGUCUGUCGAAGCAACACAACAGCACAUGCGUGACAAGAGCCAUUGCAAGAUGUGCUACGAUGACACUAAUUCUGAUGAAUACAUUGAUUUCUAUGAUUACUCCAAGAGUUACCCGGACAAUGCCGAUCCAGACGACGAAGUACCAGAUAUUGCAAUAUCGGUGUCCAACAAUGGGUUUGAGUUGGUGCUUCCAUCCGGAGGAACAGUCGGUCAUCGGUCUCUUCAAUUGUAUUACAGACAACGUGUACCGGUUCGGAGGACUCAGUUAAGAAAGAAACGAAACGUUCAAGUGGAUCGGCUCAUUGCUCAGUAUCGAGGUCUGGGAUGGCAUGGAGACGUCACUCAAAUGAGACGGGAGUUUGUACGAGGACAGAUGGAGAAACAACGAAAAACUGGGAAAGAUCGUGCUUGUCUGGGAGUGAAAGCGAACAAACUACAGCGAUUUUUCAGACCACAAGUCAUUUUCUAGUUGUCUGUUACUGAAUUAUUGAAUCAGAAAUAAGAGUAAAUGUCUCUUAAAUAAACACAAUGGGAACGAUACGAAUAAAUUCACU